AUGGAAAAGUUGGCGGGUACUCGUAAGAUUUUGGAAGAUUCGUUGAAACAAAAGAACUGGUUCACAGGCUUGUUGGAGAAGGUGGAAAAGAAGUCAGGUGUCGACAGACUAUACAUCGUAACUGGAAGUGCUGUAGUGAUAUUUCUGUACCUCAUUUUCGGUUAUGGGACAAGCUUCCUUGCAAACCUUAUUGGGUUUAUCUAUCCAGCGUAUAGAUCAAUCAAAGCAUUAGAGACUUCUGAUAAGGCGGACGAUACAAAAUGGCUCACUUACUGGGUUGUGUUCGCAACACUCAGUGUUAUCGAGUCAUUGACCGAUAUAUUGUUUUUUUGGAUACCAUUGUAUUCACUGCUGAAGUCUCUAUUUUUCUUGUUUAUGAUGAUCCCAACAUCACCUAAUGGAGCUAUCCUAAUCUACGAAAAAGUUAUUAGACCCAACUUUUUGGCUCACGAAAAAAAUAUUGACAAAUUCAUCAAUGAGGCAUCAGAUUUGGCUGGUGAUUUUGGAAAUGCCGCCAAAAAGAAGGCUGCUGAAGCUGUUUCACAGGAUUUCAUUGGGAAAAGGGACUAA